AUGUCCAUAGUCCCAAUGAUGUUCCGCGACUGGUGGGAUGACUGGGAGAGGCCCUCCCGCCUGCUGGACCAGCACUUCGGCAUGGGCCUUCGCAGAGACGACCUCCUAUCUUCCCUAUCCACCCUACCCUCGUCAUCUCUUCUCAGGAAUUCAUACUUCAGGCCAUGGAGAACGAGUCUCGCGAGACAGGAGUCUUCGAGCACAAUUAAUUUGACUAAGGAGAAAUUCGAGGUUAUCCUUGAUGUUCAACAAUUUGCUCCUGAAGACAUCACAGUUAAGGCCUGCAAUAACUCAGUGGUUGUAGAAGGCAAACACGAAGAGAAACAGGACGAACACGGAUUCGUUUCCCGUCAAUUCACACGUCGUUAUAUCCUCCCCACUGGCUACGAUGUCGCUGAUGUCGUUAGUUCUCUCUCUUCUGAUGGCGUCCUCACUAUCACGGCUCCAAAAAGAGCACCACUAAACUCCGGUGAAAGGAUCAUCCCCAUAACUAAAACUGGCCCCGCCAAGGAAGCCCCCAGAACUGAACAACCUCGCGAACAAACUGUACCCAUUAUAACUUCUCCUUAA